AUGUCCGUAUGGAAGCUGUCCAACGGACCCGACAGUGCCGUUAACUUUUCUAGCAUCGACUGGGCCACCAACACUGGUGACUUGUUCAACCCCACUAACCUGGACACCCAAAAUGACCUGCUUACAGCCGACCCGCGCGAGAUCCGGCGCGCUGAGACGGCCCCGAUGAUCCUGACCAUCAUGGCAGUCGACGGCUCCUUGUGCGUUGGCGGCCUUGAGAAGGAGGUGGCCCCCGGCGAGGAGUACCGCUACGCCGAAGAGUACCAUCGGCUGUACUACUCCAAGACGCCUCGGGAUCCACGGAUGCUCCCACCGCUCACGCGCCACCGCGCCCCGAAGGCCCCCUCGACAAACCAUGACCCCACCACCAGCCCUACCCCGAAGGUCGGCGGCGCGAUCGGGGAGGGGGUCGGCGCCGCCACGAAGGAUCCGGAGGCAAAGACGCCCGUGUUGGAGACCGACAGCCCCCCGACGGCCGAGCCGACGACAGCCCCGCGUCUUACCGAGUACAUCGAGGCAUCUCGCCCGGAGUGGGAUUAUGCCGCGAUCAAAGGCCACAUUUUUGAGUUCAGUCGUGAUCAGGAUGGCAGCCGCCUUGUGCAGAGGUUGAUUGAAAAGUUAGAUAACCUCGUCGAGAUCACUAACGAGGUCUUCGCUGACUUUGAGGCGCUGACGACGGAUGUCUUUGGAAAUUACGUUGUGCAGAAGCUGUUUGAUGUUGUAUCGCAUGUGGAAUUUCAGCUUCCACCAAACCCAAAAUUUGUCGAGGCUCGUUUGUUAGAGAAACUAACUGAGCAAAUACGCGGAAAACUCAAGAAGUAUUCUUUCCAAACCUACAGUUGCCGCGCCAUGCAGAGAGCACUAGAAAAUCUACGGGAUACCGACCGUGAUCAAAUCAUUCUAGAGCUUGAUGGGUGUGUGAUGGAAAGUGUGCUGGAUCAAAAUGCGAGCCACGUCGUGCAGAAAAUCAUUGAGGUUUGCCCUUCUAAAUGCCAGUUUUUGGUGGAUGCCUUUUUACCACACUUAAACGAGCUAGCCUGCCAUGCCUAUGGUUGCCGUGUUCUGCAGCGCACGUUUGAAAAAUGCCACGCGGUGAAUGGUGUUAAUAUUCGGCCGCUUCUGGAGGCCGUCAUUGAUCGCAUUAGCGAAUUUACCAUUCACCAGUACGGCAAUUACGUCGUUCAGCAUGGCAUGCUGAAUGCCCCGGAGGACCUGCGGCAUAGUAUUGUUAUGCAGCUCAUGCCGCAAAUGUACGCCUUGUCUUGCAGUAAGUUCGCCAGUAAUGUGGCGGAGAAGGUGGUGGUCACCGCGAACAGCGAGGAACGUGAUGUGCUCAUCACUUAUCUCACAAAGUCUCUCGGUGAAAAUCAAGGGGGAAAUUACUUGGUGCAUAUGAUGCAGGAUACGUAUGGCAACUACGUCGUGCAGCGCUUUCUCGAAGUUUCGUCGCCUGCGCAGCGCACCCGCAUCGGGGAAAUCGUAAUGCCUUAUGUCGAGUCCAUCAACCAGUCCGUCUAUGGUCGUCAUAUGCUGCGUAGAAUCGAGACAAUGGGCAUUCUUCCCCGAGAAAUCCUUCGAAAGCAAGGCAUGGACCUGAAUGCACCCGAAUACGGUGGUCUUGUCACUACUACCACCAACAACACAAAAAACAACAGCAAUAAAAAUAUCAGCAGCCACUCCGGCGGUAAUGACGCUCGUCAUAGUUCUAAUGGGAAUAAUCACCGCAACACGCGGCGAACGAACAACAAUACGGUUCCAAACAAACGAAGCGGCGUGAACCAGCAGUCCCCGGCGAACCUGAAUCAGUUGUCGAAUCUGGUAAAUAACAAUAAUGUCAUUCCCGUACCACAACUGGCAACUACAUACUCUCCCCAUCCCUUCGUUACCAUGCAGAGCUAUAUGCCGAUGCGCGGGUACGCCCCCUACACCACAGAUCCUUUGUAUUCUCUACCGCAGUCGCAGAAGACGGACUUCAUUUCUAAUCCGCCCCCUCAGCCGUCUUUUAGCUACCCCGCCGCCAUGUACGCGACGACCACCGCGACCAACUGCCCAUCGCACACCCCCUUCUUCGUCAACGGCGGCUACCCCGCCUCGACGCAGCAGCCCUCGGCGCAGCAGCCGGCACCUUUCAUCGGCCUCCCCCCCCCCUCCGGGGGCCCCGCCGCGACAACCCACCCUUCCAACCUGGCCUAUUACUCCAAGCCCAUGUACGUGGACGGCGGGCAGGUCAUGAACUGCAACGCAAACAUUCUCAACAGCGGCUCGGCGGACAGCAACUUCAGUAACAGCGGACACAUGAACGGAGUGGAGGGCUACCAAGGCCUGUCACAGCCGCCUCAGCCCAAUAUGGCUGGGGUGCGGUGGUGUAAAUAG